AUGUCUCAGAAUUUACGCAAGAAAGCUGCUGCUCGUGCUUCUCGACGUGCUAGUAACAAUUCCGGUCCUCCAUUGGCAUCCAUUCUUGCUGCUAAUGGAACUCCUUUAAGUAGUCGUCAGAAUACUGACGAAGAAGACGCCUGGAGUGAAACUUCCGCUGAUACUCUUGAUUCUUGGGCAUCAGCCGGAAGUAGAGCUGAAGACAGAAUUCUAGAAGAAGUUGAUAAUUGGGAGGACGAGGUAUUGCAAAGCAUUGAUAAUUUGGAAGAGAAACGUACAAGUACUCGAGAAGACGCCUUGACCGUUUUGAUUCGUCUCCUCUCUCACAAAUAUGCUGCGGAUAUUCUUUAUUCGCGAAGAGAUACUCUACUUGACAUGUUGAAUCGGUCCAUUAAAAAAGAUAAAAGUCAUAAAGAAAGUAGAUUAGCUGCUAAAGUAAUGUCAUUACUAUUUAUUACUUUAGGCAUGGAUCAAGAAACAAUGUAUCAUGAUGUUCUAUCCCUUUUGAAAUAUACUAUAAUCAACAACACUUCUAUGGAAGUUAGAAGUGCGUGCAUAAAGACAUUAGCUUUGGCCUGUUUCAUUGCUGGAUCACAAGCCGAAGUUUUUGAACUUUUAAAUUUUUUUGCCGAAAUAAUAAUUACUAAUGGCAAAAGCGUUAAUGCUGUCAAUGACGGAGCUACUUUAACAAGUGCCUUAAAUGCAUAUGGCUUAUUAUAUGCUAGUCUGUGGGGGGAUUCAAAGAAAGUGGCAGGUAUGGCUAGAGAGGAAUUUGAACGAAUCAUUCCAGCACACACAAAACAACUCGAGUCCUCUAUCAUGGAAGUGAGAGUUGCUAGUGGUAUAAACAUUGCAUUGAUGUUUGAAACUUUGGGAAUUGGUAAAAGAAUAGAUCCAGCUGAAGAAUGGGUCAAGGAACAUGAUGAGUCUGAUGAAGGUUAUUUUGACUAUGAUGACAUGGAUAGGCUAACUCAAUUAUUGAGUACAUUAGCUACAGAUAGCAAUCGUCAUCGUGGUAAAAUUGAACGUAAAGUGCAAAGGUCUGCUUUUCGCGAUAUUUUAAAGACAGUUGAGGUGGGUGAUCGAGUUCAGGAGAAGCUCAAAUUCAAGAAACAGACCAUUUACUUUUCUACUUGGGCUAAAAUCGUUGAGCUUAAUGCCUUUCGUGAUGUUCUUGCAGAAGGUUUGCAUGUACAUUUUCUCGAAAAUGAACUUUUGCAAGAACUCUUCAAUUUUGUUCCUCCACGUGCUUUGCCAAUAAAUCAAGGAUCAAGACCAACUUCGGCUAUGACUAUAUCAAGAGGACAUACCGCACAUCAUCGAUGA